UUCACAUUUUGUAUAGUGUAAAGUGUAAUCUUAAAAUUAUCGCGAUUCAAUCGUACCUAUUCCAAAGGUACAAAAUUGUAAUGUUUUAACUUUUAAGUACAUAUUCAAUAAUAUACCAGGCAGCUACCAUGACUAAAUCUUUUGGCAACAGCGAGAAGCGAUUUUCAAUUGACGAUGCAUUCGAAGAAGAGACGGAUGAAGCCAUCAAAGUUUACGGUGCAACGGGCGAUAGACCUCAAUUUCAAAACAAAUUCAAGAACGGAGGCGAUUAUAUUGCUAGUAAAACAUACAAAUGCACAGAGGAUACCGCAUCCAGAGACUCAGAUUCACUGAUACAUGAAUAUGUAGAGGCUACACAAUCCGUCUACUGUUGGAAUCAUCCCAAAGUAAGAGAAAAUUGGAAAACUGUGUGUGCAGCUGUCAUCCUCCUUGUAGUAGGAGUUGGCCUGUUGGGGAUGGGUGCCUUUGCUGUCGCCGAGCCAGAGAAAAGUCUGCAAGGUGCAGUGUUCUUUGUUGCGGGAAUGAUUUGCUUCGUACCUGGUGCAUACCAUGUUGUUUACAUUUGGCUGGCUGCUCGUGGACAGAGAGGUUACGACUUCUACCACCUGCCUCUAUUCACCUGAACGGUUAAUGGAGAUGUAGAAAUCUAAAUUGUGAAGUGUAUUCCAGGUAUGACUGAUUUUGUGAUGUGCUCUCUACAGUUUUACAGUUUUUUUUAAUUUAAUUUAAGGCAUCUAUUCGUUUUUUCAGUCAUACAAAAACAGCCGAAAGUUUAUUGUAUUUUCAUUUGUAUGAAAAUCAUUAUAAAUGUUGAAAGAACUUGUGAUGGUUAACAAGAAUUGUGCUGCAAACCUUGUUUAGUAGUUACUAAAUAUUACCCAUGCAACAUUAUUAAUAAUUGGGUGUGCCUCAAUCUCAAUUACUAAAAGAGGUAAUCAAAUGAGUCAAUUUUAUCAUCUUGAUUAUGGUGGUUUGUCAUAUUAAUAUAAUUUAGUUCCUCUCAUAAUAUUUUGUGUUUUGAUUUUGCUUAAGGGAAAAUGCUGGAAUUAAUUUAAUUAAAGUAAAUUAUUGUAUUGUCCAUCAGCCCAUAGAAUAUUAUCGUAAUAUUAGUUUGAAUCUUGUUGUGUUUAGUGUAAAUCAUAUUUUCAUAAAUCUGAAUUUUUAAGAGCAACAUGGACCACCUUGUUCCAGUGAGUUAGACAAAAUUAGCCCAUUUUAAAAACUAGUAAUGGAUAAAUAAGUUAACUUGUCUUAUUAUAAUUGUUAUCACAGAAAAUAUUCACAUUGGAGUCUAACACAAUAAGAAUACUCUCUAGUACUGUAAAACACACGUACCCUCUUAUUCAUAAUAGUCUGCUAACUUAAAGCAUUGCUAAUUCUCACUCUGUUUUCUUCUAUUGACCUAAGUCAGAAUGAGAAAAAACACUCCUAAGCGGCUGUUUAAAGUCUGCGGACCAUUAAUUAAAGCGGGUUAAUAUUUAAAGUCAAUGUGCUGAAAAAGCUUAAUAAAUGCAAUGAAGUUACUCAGGACAAUCUAAUAUAAUUCUUUGUGUAAAUUGUAAAACAAUAUCGGUGUGACACAAGUUGAACCUAGCGUGAUUCAUUGGGAUAGUGUGAAAACAGUACUAAUUGGACCGUUAUAGAAAAUAUUUUAAACCUAAUUCCCGAACAUUCGAGAUAGUUCGUAUCGACAGUCGUACAGCCAUGCCUGUACACAGCUUGUCGUGUAGUUGCGUCGCUUCCUUACGCUGUUAUGACACAUAAACACUGACCUGUACCUGUUCUGACCACUGGACCUGUUCCACAUGUUUGACAGCUAAUUUUGUGCCUAUUUGAAGCGCCACUCGCGAGCGUCCAGAGAACUGAUUUUGACGUAUAAUACAAAUGGCUGCGAAGGAACGUACAAUGCUGUGAAGUAUUUUUACAUUUUGAAUUAAUUUAGUGCGUUUUCCGUGUUAUUUAUAAUUCAAGAAUCAAUGUAGGUACUAAAGUAUACAAUUUUUUUUUGUAAAUAGUUUCCCACCAUCUAUGUUGUCCACUAGUUUUAGUACCGCAGACUCUCGCUACAUGGCCAACAGCGCCAAAAUGGCGAAUAUCAAACAGGCACAAAAGCACUUUGACAACCGCCAGUCCAGUGGUAUAUAGUAGAGGUGAGUGCACAUAACGUAUUGUUGUUUUUUUUUGUGUGGGAGUCUGACAAAGUGUGCGCGAGGCAAUCCCCCCCCCCCCCCCCCUGUUUUAUACGAUGAAAAAAAAACGUUAUGUGUACUCCCGCCCCUACCGCCGGUGGCCCAUUUUGCUCUAUAUUUACGAUCAUUCAUUAAACAUAUUUAACUUAGGUAACCAUAGUAUUUACUGAUCUGAUAUUCAAUGUAGCUGUAUAGAAAAACAUUAAUUAAAUAAUAUGAAAUUAUAUUGAAAAAACUUGGUAAUUACUAUGUAAAUCAAUCAAUACAUUCACCAAAGUUAUAAAUUAAUAUGGUGUUAUGGAAAAAGAGUAUUUAUUACUUUUUGUUGGUACAUCGUAAACUUAUUAAUAAUAUAUUGUAUAUAAAUAUAUACAAUAACUUAUGAAAGGUCUAGUUCAAGAAAUAACAAAUAUAUAAGUGCUAAGGACUUUCCUUAAAAAAAUAUCUUCUUUUUUCUGCUUCCAAUAUCGAGUCUGCUGAUAGAUCGGUUUGUGAUUAUUUAUUAUGGUAAUCGAAAUAUUACAAGAUUUAAAUCAGUCGAGUAUUAUUGAUUGCCAACUACAUUAAAUGCUUUAGUCGUUUAAAACCAAUGUGAUUAUGUAGGUAUCUAGUGUUCCAGAUAAUGUUAGUUGACGAAAUUAUGGAGAAUAUUGCAUACAAAAGAACAGUAGGCAGCAGAAAAGUAAAUUUAUAGGGCCAUGGUUGUAUAGUGUUUCAACCUAUUUUGAAAGCAUGCCCUUGAAAUAACCUUGUACAUAAUAUACAGUUCUAAAUAUAUACUGAAGCCUUUAUCUUACUUCUUUGAAGACUUACUAAUGUAAAGACUAUUUUAUUAUUUUAUUAUUGUAUCAAAUCUAAUAUGAUGUUAUGGAUGAUAUUGUAAUUAUUAUCAACACCACUCAAGUGUGAUAACCCAGUUGUUGUGUAUCCAAAUCAUUUUUUUUAUAUUAAUGAAUUCACUAUAAUUUAUCAAAAUUGUAAAUAUGUAAUUUUUUUAUGAUUUCUCUAUUAUCAUUGUAAUGAAGUUUGUAAAUUUCAUUAUUAUACUUUAUUUAAACAUGUAAAUAUUAAUGUAAUAAAUAUAAAUUAUCUAUAAAA